AUGGUGACUUUCAAAUCGUCUUUGUCGGCACUGUUGUGCCUUAUCCCAUCGGUAUCCCUAGCAGCAACGUCAAAUCUGCUAGUUUCGCACUACAAUGGAAACCUCUACACGCUGGCCCUGACAACUGGCACCGGUACGCCGUCGCUGGCGGUGGCAUCGAGCAUCAAAGCCUGUGGCCAGAUGCCCAGCUGGCUGACGCUGGACAAGGUGGGCGGGACGGUAUACUGCACCGACGAGAGCGGUGCUAACACGGGCUCGACUCUGACGGCGCUAUCUGUGGGUGCCAACGGUGCGCUCAAGGUGGCCGGAACGGACCGGACACCGGGUGGCGAGCUGCAUAGCACGCUCUACGGUGGCAGUGACGGCAGAGGCUUCAUUGCCGCGGCCGAGUAUGACCCCUCGGCCAUUGCAACAUUCAAGCUGCCACUCGGUGGAGGCACCAACCUGCAGCGGUUCCAUUACACCAUGUCUGGACCAGGUCCCAACCGUGCGCGCCAGGACAAGCCGCACCCGCACUCGACGUUCACGGACCCCACAGGCAAAUUCUUGCUCAGUGCCGACCUGGGAGCCGAUCUGAUCCGCAUCUUCAGCAUCAGCGCGGCCGACGGAAAGCUCACAGAGUGCCCGGCGGCGCAGACGGGUGCCGCAGAUGGCCCGCGCCACGGCACUUGGUGGGUUCCCAAGGCUGGGUCGGUAGACGGCACGAUGCUGUAUGUGGCCAACGAGCUGGCCAACAGUGUGACAGUGUGGCAGGCGACGUACCCGGCGAGUGGGGGAUGCCUAACGCUGAAGAAGACGCAGUCGCUGUCGGCGUAUCCGGCGGGGAAGUCGGCGCCUGCCAACAGCAAGACGGCCGAAGUCCACACAUCUGGCAACUUCGUGUAUGCCACGAACCGUAACGACAAGUCGUUUGGCGCGCAGCAAGACUCGGUGGCGACCUACUCGGUAGACCCGGCGAGCGGGGCACUGACGUUUCUGGAAUCGACCAACGCGCACGCGUACUACACGCGCACCUUCCAGAUCAACAAGGCGGGCGACUUGGUGGCGUUUGGUGGCCAGACAUCGUCGAAUGUUGCGAUUGUCGAACGCAAUGUGACGACAGGCCGUCUGGGAGGUCUUGUGGCCAACCUAGUCGUGGGCACACCCGGCGUACCUGGCAACGAGGACGGUCUCAGUGCCGUCAUCUGGGACGAGUAA